ACACAAAAACAAAACCCCAAAAAAAAGGGAGAAAAAAACACUAAGCAUUUUGAGAGCUAGCCUAGCUAGGUUUAAGACAAAAUGGUUGUGAUCAUCACUGAAUUAGAUGAGGAUAACAAAACCUCUGUAUACAUACCGAAGGUGUCAGAACAGCCAACCCGAGUGGUUGAAAACUACUGGCAAUGGCAGCAAACGCCAAGUCCCCAACAAUGGGGUUUGUCACCAUUGUCAGCUGAUUUGCAACAGCCACAUCCGUCAUGGACAUCUGUGACGGUUGCUGGUUAUGAAAGGCAGUCAGAUCAGGCCUCAUCAGGACACCAAUGGUAUCCUGGUGAGAGCUCUCAUGUGCCACGAAGUGAUGAGUACCAUAGAUCUCAACAAAAUCAGGGGAGGUCAGGGCCGAUGCCUAACCAACAGUGGCACUACUCCCACCCUAGAAAUGGUUCAGUUCCAUCCACUUCCUAUGGUGCAUUUGCAGAGGAGCCACAGUACCGACAAAGGCAUAACUUUUUUCAAAGGCCACAGCAAAACGUCGCUUCAUCAUCUUCUACAAGUGCAAGAGAUACGAUGUUUGGAAAUAAUGAGCCACAACAACAACCAUUUUCUGAAUUUUUCCAAGGGCCACAAAGAGGUGUCAAUCCGACAACUUCUGCAACUGCAAGAGAUACGAUGUUAGGAAAUGAUCAGGAUCACUUGGGAUUUGGGCAUGGGAACAUGAAUGGCACUUUCAGACCAAACACAACCACAGCAAACACACCUGCUGGUCCUUCAAGCUCAGGACCUUCAACAUCCAAUUUGCCUGAAAGUUCAAGAUCAAGACCAAGGACGUCUGAGAUGCCAGCACCUGGUCCAUCAACGUCAAAUAUGCCAAGUCAUACAACAGUGCCUAGUACUUCCGGAAACAAAGAAUUAUUGGAUGACUUACUAACAAGUGAACUAAAACCCAUAGUGAAGCAAGUAAUUGCAAAAUUGAUGGGCAAAAAUAAGCAGGUGCUAAAUCCUACACCGAUUACCACGGUAACACCGGAGGACCAAGGCCAUCAUGCGUUGAGUCCUGACCAACAGGAAGGAGAAAAAGAAACAGAUAAGACACAGAAGAAACAAAGGACGAAGGCCGAGUUGGUUGGAAUUGAACAUAUUUCUUUCACUGAUCUCCCUGACCCAAUAAUGCGGUCUAUCAAUGAAUUUGUAUCUAAUUGGAACGGAACAUAUCAAUAUACUUUGUCUGAUCGACUGAGUGGAUGGCGUGUGGAGCGCAAGCAACGGGUUACUUCAAGAUAUGAUUCGUAUUAUCGCCAUGAGCUGUCGGGUGGGUUUUUCCGAUCAGUUUUGGAGAUUGCAAGAUUCAUCUUGAGGGAGGAAUACCCCAAUAGAAGGCAGAGCUCUGCUAGGGAACAAAAUGUUCAUAUCAAUCAGGAGUUGCAAGUCAACAAUGGGGACAAUGAUAGGGCGAACCUAAACUUAGAUCUUAACACUAUUCCAUGUGAGGUUGAGAUGGAAGAUUCCCAAAUUAAUGUUGCAAAACCAGAGCCUGAACAUAAUGCUCUGGAGCAACAUAGGGAAAUGGAGAAUAGCACUCCACAACUUUCUCCAUCUCUUCAACAACCUCGUGGAGUGUUAAAGAGAAAGUUUAGGAAUGCAGACGGUGAGGCUGGUGGCAAUGACAACAAUGCACAGGAGGAAUUUAAGAGACAGAAACAGAAUUCUUUGGAGGAAACCCCAAAUGAUUUGAGCAGCGAGGGAACCAUAGAGGAUCUAGGGUUCUGCUCAUCAAAUGGGGUUGACAAUUCUGUUUCUUUACCUAUUACAGACGCUCCUGCUGCAAUAGUAAAUGAUGACGCUGAUCAGCCUCCACAAGAGACGGAAUUGGAUUCCCUUGUUUCAACUGUUGCAAGGGAAAACAAUUCUAUUCCACGAUUUUUGACUUCUCCAUUGCUUGACAACAAUUUGGCUCCAACACAACAGGAGUCAGAUUUGCAGGUUCCCCCUAAGAAUGACCAUCCUGCUUUGCCUUUGCCAACUAUGGAGGUAGACUCUGCUGUUGGUGCUCCUGUAGGGGAAAAUAAUUCCGUUCCCCUGCCUGAUCCAGAGGCUCCUGCUCCCAUAAGCACUUCAGCGCCAGACUUGCCUGCGUCUUCUGCUGCAGAUGCAGCUUUAAACAGCUUUAUGCAGCAGUUGCCAGCGUUAGAAGUCCAACUUCCUUCGGGGGUUGACGACAUGGACUUCGCUUAUGGAGCAGAUUGGGCAUUCCACGAAAGUUCUGAAUUGAUCAACCAUGUUGACACAUGGGACAGCAUGGAAGAUCUUCAGAACAUUACUAACAUGGAUUAUGGAAAGGAGCCUGACGACAGCCUGCCUUAAUUUGACACGGUGAUCGGACACAUGUAUUUAUGUUUCUUUGGUUUCAAUUUUUUUGUUGAGGAUACUAAUUCUUUGGAUGACAAUGUAUACUUUUGGUAAAUGUAAUGAUAAAUUAUACAAUACAGA